AUGACCUCCCCUCAGGGCAAGACUGUCAUCAUCACCGGUGCGGCUGGUGGCCUCGGAAAGGCCAUUGCGGAAGCCUUCCUCGCAACCGGAGCGAACAUCGUUGUCUGCGAUGUCCACCCACAGCGGCUGGCCUCCGUGAACGAGGAAUGGACCAAGGUUUACCCCGACAAAUUCCUCACUCAACAGGUCGAUGUGACCGACGAAGCUGCCGUGAAUGCCCUCAUUGAAGCCGCUGUGGCCAAGUUCGGCCGUAUCGACAUUUUAAUCAAUAAUGCCGGUGUCAUGGACGACUUCUCUCCCGCUGGUGCUUGCUCUAAGGCUUUGUGGGACCGCGUGUUGAACAUCAACCUCAACGGACCGUUCCUCGCUACCAAGGCGGCUAUCGCUCAGUUUGAGAAGCAAGACCCUACCGGUGGCAUCAUCAUCAACAUCGGUUCCAAUGCCAGCUACCACGGUUUCUCAGCCGGCGCGGCAUACACCGUGUCGAAGGCGGGUGUCAUGGCCCUCACCAAGAAUACCGCCGGGUUUUAUGGUGACAAGAAAAUCUACUGCAUUGCUUUGUUGCUUGGCGGAAUGAAUACCAACAUCACGGACGCCUUUGCGCAGGGCAUAAACAUGGAAAUGCUCAAAAAGGUGCAGGCGGCUGCGUCACCAUUUUCUCCUGAAAAGCAGGUGCCCAUCGAGAGCGUGGCGAAAUACUGUGUUUUCUUGACGGACAAGGACAUUGCACCUAGUGCGAACGGAUCGUGCAUUGUCUUCAACAAAAAUUGGCCAGAAGCUUGA